AUGCCCGCCAUGGCAGAGAAAAAGGUCGAUCGAAGAGCGCUGGAGAACACCACGCUGACAACUAACAAGGAAGGGCCGUGGUGGAAAGAUGCCGGUCUCCGCAAAUUGAACUUUUUGCUUUUCUUUCUCAUGUUCAGCGAGUUUACCCAGGGCUACGAUGCAUCGUUGAUCAAUAAUGUUCAGCAGUUGAAGGUUUGGCAGAAUGAUUUCAACCACCCUCACGGGAGUCUCCUCGGCGCUAUGAGCGCCAUGUACUGGAUCGGAAACAUCGUCGGCGUGGUAUUCAUCUCCACAAUCUCAGACAGGCUCGGUCGACGGUGGUGUCUGCUCUUCGGCGCCCUUCUCUGUCUCGCGGGAACUGGUCUCGCAACGGGAGCUUCGAACGCUGGUCUGUUCAUCGCUGGUCGGCUGCUUCUUGGUCUCGGUGGCGUCGUUGUCGCUGCCAUCGGGCCCGUGUGGAUGGGAGAGCUGGCCUAUCCUGAUCACCGAGCGACGGCCACGGCUAUGUCGAAUACGACCUAUAGCGCGGGUGCUAUUCUCUCGGCCUGGGUAACAUUUGGAUCUUUUCGGAUGCCAAAUGCAUGGGCAUGGCGAAUCCCAACGGUCUUCCAGGCUCUUCCGUCGGUGAUUCAAGUCAUCGGAUCCUUCGUUCUCCCUGAAUCCCCCCGUUGGCUCAUUAGUAAAGGCCGCGAAGACGCAGCUCUCCAAAUCCUUGUGAAGUACCACGGCAACGGCGACCCCGAUGAUCCCGUCGUCCAGUUCGAGUUCCAGGAAAUGAAAGAAACCAUCGAGCUCGAGAUCGUGGCCAACAAGACCUCGUGGAGCACGCUGGUCAACACACGCGGUAAUCGCUGGCGAUCAUUCAUUCUUGUCUGGUGCGGAGUCUGCAAACAAUGGUCCGGCAACGGCCUCGUCAGCUACUACCUCGGCAGCAUGUUAAAAUCCGCCGGCAUCACCAAAGAAAUCGAAACGACGCUCAUCACCGCCACCAGCCAAAUGUUCAGCUUCGCCUGCUCUCUCGCCUUCGCCUUUCUCCCCGGCCGGGUGGGUCGUCGUCCGCUGUUGCUCUGGUCCAUGGCGCUGAUCUGGCUCGUCUUUGCGUUGAUCACGGCCUGCACGGGCGUCUACGUCGAGACGGGGAGUCAGCCUGCCUCGUAUGCCACUGUCGCGUUUAUUUAUCUGUACAGUGGUGUGCAUAAUCUGGGUUGGACGGGGGCGAUGAUGUUAUAUGUGGUUGAGAUCCUCCCCUACUCGAUGCGAUCCAAGGGCAUUGCGCUCUUCUGGCUCGUGACCGGCGCAACGGGCGCGUUUAACACGUAUGUGAAUCCCAUCGGGAUCGAUGCGUUUGCGUGGAAGUAUUAUUUCUUCUAUGUGGGGUGGAUUAUCGUGCAGUUUGUCGUGGUGUAUUUGUUUUUCAUUGAGACCAAAGGGCCGAGUCUGGAGCAGAUUGCGCUGCUCUUUGAUGGGAGGGAUGCUGUCGUGGGUCAUGUUAAUCCUGUGGCGGAGGAGUUUUUGGAUGAGAAGAGGGGAGGAGAGGAGAAGGUGGAGACGAGGGAGAUUGAAGUUGCGAGGGGGUGA